CCUGGCUUCCUCCCUCCCUCUCCAAUAAAAGCCUGGUCACACCCUUGGUUCCCAGUUUGGCACCAUGGCUGUCCUGGCUUCCUGGGUCUGGGUACUGGCUGGCUGCUUCUCUGCAGCUGUAGCAGAGAUUUCUAAUAUCUCAUCGCUGUAUCCUCCUUUAUGGGAAGACAGCCCUGAGCAGAUAAGUGACUACAGGAUGGAGGAUGGGAAGUACGUAAUUAACCCUUGGGUAUUCACUGACAGGAUGGGGAUGUACAGAAUCUUACUGAAUGAGACAGCCACGUAUUCUGAAAGAUAUGGUCCUGAAAAUGAACAAAAUCUUCUGUGGGGAUUGCCUCUGCAGUUUGGCUGGCAGUAUGAAACAGGUAGAUUAGCUGAUCCCACUGGAAUGACAGACUGUGGCAAAGAACUUGAAGAGAGUCUUUGUGUCUCUGUGAAUAGUUGGUGGGCUGAUGUAAAUUAUUAUCUGAGUGUGUUACCUUUCCUUGCUGCUGUUGAUUCUGGAAUAACAGGGCUAUCUCCAGACCAAAUCAUGAUAUCGCCACCACUCAAGGAUCAGAUGAGGUUUUGUUACAAUGUUUCUGACUGUCGAUCUGCCCUCCCUAAAACAAUGGACAAAUGGAGAGACUUUUUUCAGUACAUGCAGUUGCCUUCUAGUGACUUCGAUGGCCUCCUGAAGAAGUUAUGGGAUGCCCAUACCUCAUCCUUGGAGUAUCCCACUCGUGCCUUUGUAGACAGAUAUGACUUCUAUUCUGACCAAGAAGCAAAUUUUGGGGAAAACUGGGCUAUUGUUGUGUACUAUUUAGGGGCAGCUCGUCUUCCUACAACCCUGAAUAGAUCACACAGCUUUCAGAGGGGUCUGCCUACACGAGUUCUUGAUGAUACUGACAUAACCCCUUUUAUUCCUGACUUCACUCCUCUUCAGAACAAAGUCCUGGUAACACUCAAACUCUUUGGUAAUACUGACAGACUUUCAGGAUCAUUAUCUUUGACUAUAUGGGAAAGUCUCAUGAGUACAAAAUUUGCAAGGGGAUUAUUUCUAAAAGCCUUUGAAGAGUUCCUGGGAACAUCUCCUUAA